AUGCCGUCGUCGAGCGCCAUUAGCGCGCUGCAAAUGAAUCAGCAGCGUCAAAUAGCCACCAUUGAAACACCACCGAAUAGCGCCUCGCUGCCAAUGCAGAUACCCACAGUGACGUGCGAUCUCGCGUCGGACAUUUCCACAUCGGAGGCAGCCGACAUGGAGCCGCAUCCACUCGUCUAUCCGAAUGGCAACUCAAACGUACCGUCCCCGCUCAGCAUGCUCACGCCUGGUUCACCAAACUGCACGCUGUCCGCGACGGACCGGGAAACACUGAAGGUGAGUACAAUAGCGACGAGCCGCGGCGCCCUAAAUGUGCCCGUGCCACCGUCAAUGGCCGCUGCAGCUACGUCCAAUUCACCAGCUUCCAACAAUAAUAACAAUGAUAGUGCCACGCCCAUCGGCACUGAUGGCGUGACUAGUGGGACGGCGCCAACAACAACUGCCACAGGAGCCUCCAAUGCCAUGUCCACCGGCGCGACGCUAAUGACACCGAACGCGAGUGGUGGCGCAGCGGCGGCGACAGCAGGCGCAUCACCAAAUGAGUUACGCGUCUCUCCUAUAGCAGGCCGGUGUCGCGCACUCUCGGUAGGUAUUGACACCGAUAUGGUUAGCGAAUUCGAUCCAUCCAGCUCCGAUUCGGGUGUGGUAAGUCGUUGCGCAGUGGUAAAGCCGCUGAAGUUCCGACUAUGCCAACCGAUCUUCGGACGCAAAGCGGCAAACCAAGCGCGACGAAACGAAGCAAAGGCGACUGCCACAGCGGUGGCGACAUCGAAAACAUUGAAACCCUCCGAAGUUCAAAAACCACGCGAUCCCGAAAAGGAGAAGCGGCGCAUCGCUCGCAAAAAAGAGAAGCGUGCCACACUUAUAUUGGGUCUAAUUAUGGGCAGUUUUAUAGCCUGCUGGUUACCUUUCUUCUUCCUCUACAUCCUG